UAAUUUCCCAUCGUGCACCUCGCAGGGCGGAGGAAAGGGCUUCCUUGUCAAGAUGGCGGCUCCCUUGACACUACUUUUGAUUGUGGCUGUUACGAUCCGUGCAGCGCUGUACAGAUCCAGUUUAGCGGACUUAAUAUCGGAGAGAGUGGAGGUGGUGUCUCCGCUGACCGCCUGGAAGAGAGUUGUUGAAGGCUUGGCUCUGCUUGACUUGGGAGUCUCACCGUACUCUGGAGAUGUUUUCCAUGAGACUCCUCUCAUCAUUUACUUCUUUCACUUUUUGGUGGACUAUGCAGAGAUAACGUUUAUGUUGGCAGAUGUGAUCACUGCUGUGGCUCUCUACAUGACAGUGAAGGACUACAACAAACAAGUGUUCAGAAAGCAGAAAUAUGCCCUGGAGGCAGACCGCUACCCCCUCGACUGCCUGGAGCUCAUCAGGAGCCCCAAAGAAAUGUACUACAUCCCUCUGAAAGUAGCCAUGUUUUACCUAUUGAACCCGUUCACCAUCCUGUCCUGCGUCGCCAAGUCAACCUGUGGCCUGAACAACGCCGUCAUCGCCCUUUUCAUCCUCUCUACAAUCAAAGGAAAUGUUUUGCUGAGCGCCGUAUUUCUGUCCUUGGCCACAUAUCAGUCCAUCUAUCCUCUCACUCUGUGCGCCGCAGCGCUGCUCUAUUUGAUGCAGCGUCAGUACAUCCCGGUGAACUACCGGCGGGCCAGCUUCUGGUGGUUCAUUGCUCAGUAUGCCUUCAUGUACCUGGGCAGCCUGUUCGUCAUCGUAUGCCUCUCCUUUUUCCUGCUCGGCUCCUGGGACUACCUGCCGUCGGUCUACGGCUUCAUUCUCUCCGUACCAGACCUGACCCCGAACAUCGGCCUCUUCUGGUAUUUCUUCGCCGAGAUGUUUGAACACUUCCGCCUCUUCUUCCUCUGCGUCUUCCAGAUCAACGUCUUCUUCUACACCAUCCCCCUGUCCAUCAAACUCAAAGAGCAUCCGGUGUUUCUGAUCUUCAUGCAGUUGGCUGUGAUCUCCAUCUUUAAGUCUUACCCCACUGUGGGAGACAUCGCUCUCUACCUGGCCUUCCUUCCUGUCUGGAGUCACCUGCACAGAUUCUUGAGGAACAUCUUCCUGGUGUCCUGCGUCCUGCUCGCCUGCUCGGCUCUGUUCCCGGUUCUCUGGCACCUCUGGAUCUAUGCCGGCAGCGCCAACUCCAACUUCUACUACGCCAUCACACUGCUGUUCAACGUGGCACAGAUUCUGCUGGUGUCGGAUUAUUUCUACGCCUUUUUGAGGAGAGAACAUCAUCUCACCUACGGAUUGUAUCUGAAGAGAAAAGACGGCUCCGAGGCUACACUAGUUCUUAAAUAAACACACACACACACACACACACGCCUGCACACACACACACACACACACACACACACACACACUCAUACGCACACCACCAUCUGGCUGGCAGCCUCUACGAGGAAAAGAGAGACUGCUCGAGGUCUCACUUCACCUCAAAGG